CUAGUAUAGGAAGUUGUCAUUGAGCAGAAUGAGCAGAUCUGGUCUGCUGAAAGGGAAGGGUGCAAGCCAUAGUGAGUUUUCCCAGAAUGAGCAAAGAGGAAACUUCUGCUCGUACAAGACCUUUCAGUUUUGAUGAGAUAAUGCGUAGGAGGGAAAGCAAGAAAUCAUUGGGUGAUAAUAAUGAGGAGCCUGGAGGCGCGGGGAAUGUACCAGGAAACGACAUUGUCAAGAAGGUCUCUGAUCAUUCAGAAUCUGACAGAUGCAGACACAAUGAUUCUGUACCAAGUGGUACAAAGCAUGCUUCAGAGGAUUUUCUGAAAGUAAGUUCUAGGAAGGAAGAAGAUAACACUUGUAUCAAAGAGGGAAAAUUAGUUAGAGGUAAAGAUAAAGGAAGUCGUGACUCCAAAAGCAAAUCAAAGGCUACACCAAAAAAAAGUAUCAACGGUCAUGAAGGCAAGGGAGGUAAGCUUGGUGGAAGAAUUCACGGCAACAGGAAAAAUGAUGAAUUAUCAAGCGAGGAUGUUGAAAAUGAAUCUGAAAAAAGACAUUCUAUAUAUUUGGCAGACAAGGAGAGAUAUGCAGAUAAAAGGAGAGGAAAAUCUGUAAAAGAAAGAAAAUAUGAACAACAAAAUAAUGAUGAGAGAUAUGCAGAUAAAAGGAGAGGAAAAUUUGAAAAAGAAAGAAAAUAUGAACAACAAAAUAAUGAUGAUGAUAGACGCAUACAUGGUAAGAGGAAAAAUGAUAAGUGGUCAGGUGAAGAUUCUGACAAGGAAUCUGAGAAGAGACAUUCCAGAUAUUUGGGAGAUAAGGACAGAUACUCAGACAGAAAUAGAGGUAAAUCUGAAAAAGAAAGCAAAAGGAAACAUUACAAUGAAGAUGAACAUAGAACUGGAGAGAGAGAUGCUGGUAAAAAACAUAAUUCAGGGAACUGGCAUAAUUCAAAAUUUUCUGAGAGAAAGGAGAAGAAAGAAACAUCACAGGUUCAUCACGAAGAAUCGAGGCCAAAAAAUAUACGGUCAAGAAGCAGAGAGCGUGAUAAAGAUAGAGGUAGAAGGUCCAUUUCACUUUCACCUAGGGCCCACAAACGUACAUCUUAUGAUGUGCGAGAGCAUGGAGACCUGUCCUUGCAUCCUUCUAAAGAUAGGUUGGGAAUAUCACAUUCUGAUGUUGAUCGGAAGAGGAUCUCCAGUAAUGGUUCAAGUAGUCACUAUCAACGAUAUGGUGGUUCUGCAAGUAGGCUUGGCGGCUAUUCACCGAGGAAGAGAAAAACUGAGGCUGCUGUUAAGACUCCUUCCCCAACCAAACGUUCCCCAGAGAAGAGAACUGUUGGUUGGGAUUGCCAACCUACAGGAACAGAAAGGGAAGUUACUGGUUCCGUUCGUUCUAAUUUGAAGUCUUCAAUUGAAAUUGCACCAUCCAGCACACUUCAAUUGCCCGGUGUGGUUCCUGUCACUUCCAUUGCGAAGAAUCCUGUUGGCAUACUUUUAAAUGCUUCAUCUUCACAGAUGAAUGCCUCCAUAGAUUCCAUUCAGCUAACACAAGCAACGCGGCCUAUGAGGAGGCUUUAUGUAGAAAACUUGCCAGCUUCAGCCUCUGAGAAAGCUGUUAUGGAAUGCUUUAAUAAUUUUCUGCUAUAUUCAGGUGUCAGUCAACCCCAUCGAACCCAACCAUGUAUCAGUUGUAUUAUACACAAGGAAAGGGGUCAAGCUCUUGUGGAGUUUCUUACACCUGAGGAUGCUUCUGCUGCUCUUUCUUUUGAUGGAAGAUAUUUCUCUGGAUCCAUUCUUAAAGUCAGACGCCCCAAAGACUUCAUUGAAGUGACU